AACACAAAAAUCACCAAACAUGGCUUCUCAAUUGCUGCCACUAGAGCUCAUCGACAAGUGUGUCGGCUCCCGAAUCUGGGUCAUCAUGAAGGGCGACAAGGAGUUCAGUGGCACAUUACUCGGCUUUGACGACUUCGUUAGUAAGUCUAUUAUCUUCUCCUGUAUCAACGCUGCAAUACUGAUGUUUGCGUCAGACAUGGUCCUUGAGGAUGUCACCGAAUACGACUACACCGGCACCUCGACCAAGAUGUCCAAGAUUCUGCUGAACGGAAAUAACAUCUGCAUGCUCAUUCCUGGCGGCAUGCCUGAGCAA